AAGAUCGAUCAAGAGUAUUCAUCAUAUAGGCAUAUAGUGAAUGGCAGCCGCCGUGGAAACUGAUGCGCAAAGCCUUGGUGCCUCAUCACUCCCAGUGCCUAGCGUCCAGCAGCUAGCAAAGGAGAAUCCCACCCUGCUUCCAACCCGUUAUAUUCGUGACGAUAUCGAAUCUCCGGCGGCAUCACCUUCCGUCUCCGAUGUGCCGGUGAUUGACAUGCAAAAGUUACUGUGUGAGGACUCAGGGGAUUCUGAACUUCAGAAGCUGCACUUUGCCUGCAGAGAUUGGGGUUUCUUUCAGGUGAUAAAUCAUGGAGUGAAUUCUUCAUUGGUGGAGAAAGCAAAAUGCGAGGCCCAGGCCUUCUUCAAUCUGCCAUUAGAAGUAAAGCAAAACAAGUAUGGGCAGGUGGCAGGGGAAAGAGAAGGAUACGGUCAGCAAUUUGUUGUAUCUGAGGAGCAAAAACAUGAUUGGGCAGAUAUGUUUUACAUUCAAACCCUACCACUAGAAGUGAGAUCACCUCAACUUUUUCCUAAUCUACCAGAGGCUUUCAGGAAUACUAUAGAAGCCUACUCACUUGAAGUGCACAAGCUUGCCAUGAAGAUUCUAAGCCUUGUGGCAAAAAUUUUGGGAAUAAAAGCUGAAGAAAUGAGUAUGCUUUUUGAAGAAGGGAUGCAGUCAAUUAGAAUGAAUUAUUAUCCGCCAUGCCCCCAACCAGAACUUGUUUUGGGCUUGAGCCCUCACUCUGAUGCAGGCGGUCUAACCAUACUCCUUCAAGCAAAUGAAACACAAGGUCUUGAGAUAAAAAAGGAUGGGAUUUGGAUUCCCAUUGUGCCAAUUCAUAAUGCCUUUAUUGUCAACAUUGGGGGUUCUUUGGAGAUCUUUACAAAUGGAAUUUAUAGCAGCAUUGAGCAUAGAGGAGUAGUAAACCGAGAGAAAGAGAGGAUAUCUAUUGCAACAUUUCACAGCCCAAAGAUGAAUGGUGAGCUAGGUCCAGCAAGUAACCUUAUCACCCCACAAACUCCAGCAAAAUUCAAGAGGGUUAGCGUAAUGGAUUAUUUUCGACAGUUUCUUGGACGAAAACUUGAUGGGAAAUCACAUGUUGAUGCCUAUAAAAUCACAUGUUGAAAUUCCCUCAUUUUCAUGAAAUUAGAAUCUUAUCCCCCUUUGAUGGCGUUCACACAUGCAUGCAGUGAAGUAUGAGGUCCCAAGUCCCAUGCAUUUAUUAGUUGUUUUUAUUUAUAUCAAGUAUUUAUUAUAUUGUGGCUCUAGAUGUCUUUAUUUUCAAUUCUCAAAACAAUGCAUUUAUAUUUCCGCUGCAGAUUCUCAUAGAGAGUUGCCUAUAUAUUCAUCCACUCUGUAAUCGUAGAA